GAGUAAUAAAUGGUUCCAUCAUGGAGAAACCGGCUUCUUUUGGAUUAUCUCGCCUGUGUCUGUUAUUUGCGGUAAUUAUAACAGUCUUUCCUUGCUGCUCCCAAGGAAAUUGGAUGUGGCUGGGAGUCGCAGCCUGUGGAGCCACUGAGAAAAUGGACUGUGUAGAUCUACCUCUUUCGAGCAAACAGAAAGAACUGUGCAAGAGAAAGCCCAGCCUCCUGCCGAGCAUUAAAGAAGGAGCCCGCAUUGGUAUCUACGAGUGCCAGAGUCAGUUCAAACACGAGAGGUGGAACUGCUCUGUAACAGAUGACUUCUCUGUCUUUGGUUACGAACUGACCAGCGGUACGAAGGAGAGCGCCUUCAUCCAGGCAGCGGGGGCCGCAGCGCUGGUUCAUUCUCUGACCCGGGCUUGCAGUGCCGGGAACCUGACCGAGUGCUCGUGCGACACGCGACUGCAGGGCGGCGGCUCAGCCAGCGAGGGCUGGCACUGGGAAGGCUGCUCCGACAACAUCCAGUAUGGCACGGCCUUCAGCAGGAAAUUCCUGGAUGCGCACAACUGGAGCGAGGCUGCAAAGGAAAGGGACGCGGUGGGCGACACCAUGAGCUUGCACAACAAUGAGGCGGGCAGGCAGGCAGUGGCUCGGCUGAUGGCAGUGAACUGUCGCUGUCACGGAGUGUCCGGCUCCUGCGCUGUGAAAACCUGCUGGAAAACCACAUCCCCCUUCGACAAAAUCGGCAGCUUCCUGAAAGAGAAAUACGAGAACAGCAUCCAGAUCCAGGACAGGUCGAAGAGAAAGGUUCGGCGGAAAGACAAAGUGCGGCGCAAGGUGCCGGUGGAGCGUGAGGACCUGGUGUACAUUAAAAAGUCUCCCAACUACUGUGUGGAGGAUCGGAGCGCAGGCAUCGCCGGGACCCGGGGGAGGCAGUGCAACCGCACCUCGCACGCCGCCGAUGGGUGUAACCUGCUGUGUUGUGGACGGGGCUACAACACCCAUGUGGUCAGGCACGUGGAGCGCUGCGACUGCAAGUUUGUGUGGUGCUGCUAUGUGCGGUGCAGGAAAUGCGAGACUAUGACCGACGUGCACACGUGCAAAUAGCCAAGCCCAACAGACCCUGCACUGCAACGAGCCACGGUAGUGAUCUUAUCAGCGUUAUUUAGUUAGAGGCUGCGCUGGGGCCAAUUGGCGGCCUGCGGGCCUGAUGCUGCCCGAGGGACGAUGUCAUCCGCCCUCCACCCUCCCUCCAUCUCAUCCGGUCCACCCACUCCCUCCGUAACCCGUAUAUGUUAUGUUUCUGGAAGGGAGCCAGAAAAAUAUGUGGCCUGAUGUGGCCUGAGGACAUUUCUCAAAUAGGGCAUCAGGCCCUCAGCAGCCAAAAGGUUGGGCAUCCCUGGCCUAUAAGAUGGAAAGGACUAAGCGCGAGCAAGCGCAAAGAAACAAAGACCAAACUGAAAUCCAAAGUCCCGUUGUCUGUGUGAGACAACCUUACAAAUAUUAUUAUGACAGGGAAUGCUUAAAAAUUCAAAUGAGUGCAGCAGAGGACUUCAAAGUUUGGUGCAAUAUUAAGUGCGCGGCCAACAGAAGGCUCCUGGGAUCUGGAAGUAUAUGGUCAAAUUGAACAGAACAAACAUCCAUCAAUCCCAAAAGGGCAGGAUCAUUUAGCUCAAGAUAAACCAUAACCUGUAACUUUAAAGGAACGUGACUAUUGGUGGUGGCUACAGAACACUGAAUGUUAGAAGCAUCUCAAUCAACCUCAACAAACUGUUAAGACCAACAACAAGGAAACACACAGGAUUUCUUUCAGAUUUUAAAAUAUGUUGCAAAUACUGUAUUUCUAUCAAUUUGAGGAAAGUUGAGAACACUGAAAUCAUAUAAACUGUAUUAGAAGAAGCUCCAAAAUGUGUUGCUAAAAUUUCGAAAUGAAAUACUUUGCUGUUUGGAAACACGAGUGUAACCAAUAUCUUUUGGCUUUAAACCUUAAAUAUGUUUGUUCAUAGGUUUAGCAGGAAAAAAACAUUGCUUAAAAGCUGACCAAAGCCUAUUUUGUUUGCAAGCUACAGCACUGGCCUUACCUUUGGAAGAUAAAAUCUUCCAAAUUGCUGAGCAUUCAUUCACUGUUGAAGAUGAAAGCACGAUAUUUACUCAGUGAUGACACUGUAUUUAAGUUGCUUGGCAACUUUGUAUCAAAAAUUAUAUUACUUUCAAAGUAAAAUAGUGUGACUUUCUAUGGCAUGUUAUAAACAAAUGGAACUUAUCUUUUGGAAAAUAUGUACAGAGAGUUUUAGUCUUGAUGACAUACAUGACACACUAACAGUUGUUUAUAUCUGUAAAUAUUCUUUAACUUAUGCAAAAUAUGUAUAAAAGUAUGUCAGUCAUAAUUGCAUUGUAAAAUUUGUAGAAUUUGUGGCUAAUCUUUGUUAUGAUUUUAUUAGUGUGUUUUCAAACGGUUUAGAUAAUUAGGAAACAUUAGUUAUAUUUUGUGCUUGCUCCUUUUAU